AUGUCUUCGUACGCGCAAUUAGUAGAGAGCCAAAGUGCAAAACAAGUGCUCGAUCUUUUUCCCGAUAUCAUUCCGCUCAGUAAGCGGCCCAACACGCAUUCCAGCGAAUCUUCUUCCAGCACACAGGGCGAUGUCGUUUUUGAAGGUCACGAUGAAGAGCAAAUCAAGCUCAUGUGCGAAAACUGCAUUGUUUUGGACUGGGACGACAGCGCCAUUGGAGCUGGUACCAAGAAAUUGUGUCAUUUGAUGACCAACAUAGAAAAGGGACUACUACACCGGGCAUUCUCGGUUUUCCUUUUCAACGACAAGAACGAGCUGCUCUUGCAACAGCGUGCCAGCGAAAAAAUCACGUUCCCGGACCUUUGGACUAACACUUGCUGUUCCCACCCGCUGUGCGUCGACGACGAACUCGGGGUCGACGGCUCGCUUGCUGGUAAAGUCGCUGGUGUCAAGACGGCUGCGUCCCGUAAACUGGAACAGGAACUUGGGAUACCCGUCUCGGAGACCCAGACAAAGGGCGAAUACCAUUUUCUGAAUCGUAUCCACUACAUGGCGCCCAGCAACGGACCAUGGGGCGAACACGAAAUCGACUAUAUUCUGUUCUUCAAGCUGGCUGCCGGUGAACAACUAACCGUGAAUCCCAACGUCAAUGAAGUCCGCGACUACACUUGGGUCACGGCGGACAAACUAAGAGAAAUGCUACACAAUCCGCACCUCAAAUUCACUCCUUGGUUCAAACUCAUCUGCGAGAGUUCCUUGUUCGGAUGGUGGGAACAACUCCAAGAUUUGUCUGCAGUUGAAAACGACCAGACGAUCCACAGACUACUUUGA